AUGCACCUGAAAUCCACCAUGCUGCUCCUCAUGGUUUUGCCAGUAUCCCUGGCAGAGGGGUUCAGGGAGUACUACCACCUUCCCACAGUGGACUCCCAGGCUAGCAGAGGGAAGAAGACACCUUACUGCUCCUAUUGUGGACCACCCAAAUUGGGGUGUCCACCCACUAUCAGAGCAAGGUUCUGCCCAAGUUUUGCAGGUCCUGAGUCUGUCUCAGAACUUGCUGAGAACUCAGAAGUUCCCACAUUCAGAAACUCAGAUUCAGAACAUCUGAGGUUUAGAACCUGGGAAGUUCUGAGUUUCACAUUGUGUGUGCACUCGCUGGAAGUGACGGUCAGCCAGAGCAGCGUGCAGGUGGCCAGAGGCCAAGCAGCCAUCUUGCCCUGUACCUUCACCACCAGCGCCGCCCUCAACAAUCUGUACAUCAUCUGGAUGGUGACGCCGCUGGCCAAUGCCCAUCAACCCGAACAGGUGAUUAUUUAUCAGGGCGGUCAGGUCUUCAGCCUUGCUAACCGUAUGAAUAAUCGUGUGGGUUUUGUGGCCACGAUGCCCAGCACGAGUGCAUCCAUCUUCAUCAACAACACGCAGCUGGCAGACACGGGGACGUACCAGUGCCUCGUCAACAACCUGCCCGACCGUGGGGGGCGCAACAUCGGCGUCAUCGGCCUCACUGUGCUCGUCCCUCCAUCUUUGCCCCUGUGUCGUAUUCAGGGUUCUCUCGAUGUCGGCAGUGAUGUUACGCUGCUGUGUGGUUCUGAAGAGGGGAUUCCGACUCCAACAUACUUAUGGGAGAAACUCGACUCGAUGCCCAAACUCCCUCCUGGUGCCAUGCAAGAUCAGAUGCAGGGAACAGUGAGUCUGAAGAACAUUAGUGUGGGGACAUCAGGUGUGUAUCAGUGCACUGCCUCCAACGCCAUCGGCACCAGCACGUGUCAGCUCAACCUGCAGGUGGUGACACCUCAGCCCCAGAGCGUCGGUCUCAUUGCUGGAACUGUCAUUUCCGGCAUCCUCGCGGCGGUGAUUUUCGCCCUGCUGGUGAUCGUCACACUUUUCUACUGGAGGAACAAAAACCGCUACGAAGACGAUGACAUCCCCAACGAAAUCAGAGAGGACGAUCUUCCUCCAAAGAGGUCCUCGUCGGUGAAGGCAUUCCAGGCAGACGCAUCGUCCUCGGAGAACGACACGCUCACCUCCACCAACACCUACAACAGCCGAUACUGGCACAAUGCCAAAGCCAGCUACGAUGCCAACUCCUACACUCGCUACAAUGGGCAAAACUUCACAACUGGGGGUGGGACUGGUGCCGGAGGGGGUGGAGCUUAUGCAAAUGGGGGGCACACUCUCCCCGCUCCCAAAACUCUGGUGGUCACAGCCAGUUCUGCACCCACUGUGCCACGCAGCAAUGGUUCGCUGAGUCAGCGAGCUCCACCAGGCACACCCCCACCUACGUCUAGCUCCGCCCACACUCAUGUGCCGAGUCGCACACACUCGUACGCCGUGAGCCAGGCAGCGCUGGAGCGCAUGGGCGCCGUGCCUGUCAUGGUUCCUGCUCAGACCCGGGCCGGUUCUCUCGUCUAACGCCAGCACGAGAUGGAUAAACUGAAUUUUUAUGAUUCUUUAUACAAAUGAUGCUGUCUCUUUUUUUUCCACUAAUGAA